AUGGCUGCGGCCGUUGCAAACUCACGUGUGAGUGCAGGGAAAAAGCUGAAAAUUUUGCUAAAGAAGAAGAAGGUGAAAACGAUUGCCAAAGUCAUAGCAUCUGAGCUGGAAGAGGAGGUAAAAGAUGCUUCCGGCAGUGGAGGACCUAUUGGAAGAUGUGGAUCAGAAAAGGGUCAUUUUUCUGAUGUUGAAGCAAUAGAUGCUGACAAUGAGGAUGAUGUUGAACCCUGUGACAAAGAAAAUGAAAAUGCUGGAAAAUCAUGUGCUGGAACUAAUAUGGCCUGGGCAGAUGCCAUGGCUAAAAUCCUCAACAAGAAAAUGCCUAAAACUAAACCCACCAUUCUAGUCAAAAAUAAAGAACUGGAAAAGGAAAAAGAAAAGUUAAAGCAAGAAAGACUUGAGAGAAGAAAACAGCUUGGUAAGAGGCGGGAGUGGGAAAUGAUGUGCAGAGUAAAGCCAGAUGUUGUCAAAGACAAAGAAGCACAUUUGAUAUGUUCUAAUCUCUCUCUUUUCAUCUCCCAAAACAUUUGA